AAACAGUAUUCUGAUAGACGCGAGAAGAAACGUGUUGCGUGUUGGUUGUGUUUCGCGUUAGUAUUUUCCAUUUCUAUUUUACGUAUCUGUCGAAAAAACAAAUCAUGUAGUGGUAACAAAUUAGUACUUGUUCAGCUGUGUCUGGCACACUGCAACAGCGGAAAGAAUCAUCACGCCACUGAAGACCUCUACAGCCUAGCUAUUAACCGUGGCUUCAACGAUGUAUGCUUGGUGGCUGGGAGAACGUAUGAGAUUCUACUGAUAUUCUGUGCUGCGUCGCUAGCAAGCGCUUUUGCUGAGCCCCCAGUGGGACGCCUGUAUCUGCCUCCAGGCCAACAGCCUUCUAGCCUAACGUCGUCAGGCAGAUUUGGAGGGGCUCGAAGUCUUUCGUCACAAUAUGGUGCUCCUGUCUCCGGACGAUUUGGUGGAGCUGGAGGUCUUUCGACACGAUAUGGUGCUCCUGCCUCCGGACGAUUUGCUGGAGCUGAAGGCCUUUCGACACAGUAUGGUGCUCCUGCCUCCGGACGAUUUGGCGGAGCUGGAGGUCUUUCGACACAGUAUGGUGCUCCUGCCUCCGGACGAUUUGGUGGAGCUGGAGGUGUUUCGACACAGUAUGGUGCUCCUGCCUCCGGACGAUUUGGCGGAGCUGGAGGUGUUUCGGCACAGUAUGGUGCUCCUGCUUCCGGACGAUUUGGCGGAGCUGGAGGUCUUUCGACGCAAUAUGGUGCUCCUGCCUCCGAAAGAUUUGGUGGAGCUCCAGGCCUUUCGGCACGGUAUGGUGUUCCCUCUACCGGCCGACUUGGAGGUGCUGCUGGUCUCUCUACACAGUAUGGUGCUUCUGAUCUUGGGGGAGUUGGUGGUCCUAGAGGUCUCUCUACGCAGUAUGGUGCUCCUGGAUUUGGCCGAGCUGGUGGUCCCAGGUCACAGUACGCCCCUAGUGGCGGAUACAACUAUGGUCGUGGAGGUUACAGUUCUGAGGACGAUGCUCUCUCUGAACCAGCCAACUACGAAUUUUCUUACGAAGUAGACGAUCUUGAGUCGGGCAGCGAGUUCGGUCACGAGGAGAACCGUCAGGAUGAGGACGCAAGGGGCUCGUACCACGUGCUGCUUCCAGAUGGUCGCCGUCAGAUCGUGGAGUAUCAGGCUGAUUUCGAGGGAUACAAGCCACAGAUCCGUUAUGAAGAAACUGGAGCCGAAGCCUACCAAACGUCCCGAGGAGCAGGAGGACCCUACUAAUUGCAGUGACAGAGAAAUCUGAGGCCCUAACAUGUCUCUGGAAAUAGAAACUGACGCUGAAUAAAUGGAAACGACUGGCUUAUGUUAUAGGACUUGAUUAUGAAGUGUGCACUGAAACCAGCUGUAUUUAUGUUCACUGUGUUGGCGUACCAGACGAAUGACUUACUCCCUUUCAAAUUCUACAGCCUACAUACUGUUCUAUAAUAGUUAUCUGCACAGGUUUAUAUACAUCUCUAGUUUCGUAGAAUCUAAAUUCCAUAAUAUAUAGUGAUGGCUUGUUGUGUCUUCAAUAUAACACGUAAAAUGUGUAAAAUCAAUCCGCGUGAUUCACCCAACAUCAAAGUGAACCACACAAAUCUUACUCUUCUGACUUCCCUUUGCAGUGAAUAAACAAGAAGGUUGUUUCAAGACAGUUAACUGUGAUGUACACAUAAGCGGAUGGAGGGAUGCUAUUAUAACAUAGUCUUCUCUCGCGGAUUGAUCCGGCGAUUAUGUUGCUAAUACAUGUUUAUUGAAGGUUAUCUACUUUGUACAUAAUUUUAUAAAAAGUGUAUAAUUAUUUUAUAGUAUGCUUGCUUUGGGUGAUUAUGACGU